GUCAGUUUGAUUGUGCAAGGGAACUUUUCAAACAUGGCGCGAAUAUUGAUGUUAGGUUAGCAAUCUCGGCAGCUGUGAGUAGCAAGAGGAUCAACUCUCUCCAAUAUUUAGUCGAAAAGUUCCCUUUGGAUGGUAAAGUAGCAAUAACCCAGUCCAGCUUCUUGCAUGAGGCAAUAGGUCAAAGUGACUCACAGACUGUCAAAUUUCUGCUGGAAAAUGGAGCUCAUAUCAAUCUAGAAGUCAAUGGUAAGACACCACUCAUGCAUGCUAUGGAUGUCGGAAUGAUAGACUUGUUGAUUGAAUGUGGAGCUGAUGUUAACCUCGUGACAAGCGGGAAAGGCACCCCCCUUGUUUACGCUUUAUCUCACGAUUACCAUAGGAACAUUAACAAUAGAUGGAGAAAUAUUGAAGGAAUUGAACUUUCUGAUUGUGAUGAAAGGAUUAGGGACAUCCUUGCCAAACUUUUAGAACACGGUGCGAAAUGUAAGGAAGUAUACCAUAAUGGUCAGUCGCCACUCUCUUGUGCCAUAGAAACAGAUCAUUCCAUAAGUCUUUUAAAGAUGUUACUUGAUGCUGGAGCUGAUGUCAACGACGUUGGUCCUGGAAGUGCAUCUCCACUUCAUGCCGCGUCGUCGAACUGCAAUACAGAAAAAAUUGAAUUUUUAAUUGAACAUGGGGCCGAUGUAAACUUUAGGGACUCCUCUGGCCAAAGUCCUAUAUUUGGUUCAACAAAC